CAGUCCAAAUAAUGUAGUCAGAGGAGCAGGAGUCGAGUCAAGAGAGGAAACUUUGCUGGUCAUUGGCACAUUGGAGUGUGCAACUUUUCUUUCCUUUCUUUCUUUUGUUUUUAUAGGACUCAGAUUUUCUGCUUGCUCUGGAUUACCAACCAGAAGGAGAUUAUAAACAGAAGAACCCUAAAUGCAGAUUUUGGGAAGGUUUUGGAUUGUAAUUUUCUCGCAGUUUCCGGAUCUUUUCUUCACCAUCCCUGUUUUUUUUUUCCUUCUGUGACCCGAUUCUCGUGACUGAAACAUCUAACAUUGAAAUAUGAAAAUCUACACUUAAGGGCUGAAGAGUCUGUGUUUGCCUGUCGACGGAGUCGAGCGCCACAGCUCGAGUUCAUCACAGACACUUCCUGAUGAUGACAGUAAACAUGGAUGACGGUCUUCACAAUGGGCCCGGACAACACAGGAACAUGCAAGAUGACGAGGAAGCUCUUAACUCUAUCAUGAAGGACCUGGCAGCCUUGCGCUUCUGUUACCCGCUCAGCAGCAGCAGCACCAGCCACAAAUCCAAGAGCAGGACGCCGAGCUACAGACAGGAUUUGCGCGUAAAGCUGGAGCAUGAGCGGGAGAAACGGAUUAUUCCCUUCCAGAGGCCGCUGAAGUUUAGAGAGCUUCUGCAGAAAGUCACAGAGGCUUUUGGUCAGCAUAUGGACCUUUACUACACUGACAGAGAGACACUCGUAGCUCUAAAAUGUCAGGAGGAUUUGGACCGAGCUGUAUCGUGUUUGAGCUCCGGCUCUGGAGCAAAGAGUGUGCUGAGAGUUGUUCUGAAAACUCCUGCGAACAACCAUUUCCUGCAGGUGAACAGCAGAGAUAAGCAGAGUGAGAUGAGGUCGUCUCGGUCUCUAGGAGACCUGAAAGGUUCUUUGCUUAAAGGAUCCGAACGAGUGCGCAAACACUCCACAGGCUCUCUGCACACAGGGAGGAGUUCCCCGCCGCCGGGCAGCGUGCCCGAGGAGCAGCAGCAGAUUGCACGUCAGGGCUCCUACACCAGCAUCCACAGCGAGGGAGAGUUCAUCCCCGAGACGCCAGGUCCCAACGUCAUGGACCCUUUUGGAAGUGCGGAGGGUUCGCUCUCCAGCAGCUGCCAGUCCCUGGACCAGGCUCUGGACAGUCCUCCGUUCUCCCAGAACAACCGCGACAACAAUUACUUGAACCUCAGCUACGACUAUAAAGGCCGACACGGGAAGCACGGGACUUUCCCACGGCAGUUCCACUUAACCAAUCGCAGCAAGGACUACAGUGACGGUCGUAGCACAUUUCCACGCAGCUUCAUGCCGCAGGAGAACCUGUUCCAGCUGGUGCCAUCGAGCCGCACUCGCAGCUACAACGGAGACAUCACGCUGGCGUACAGCGGAGACCUCCACUCGCUCGGCUGCCAGCGCAGUGCUGCUAAAUCUCCGCGGGCGCCAGUGAACUGGCGUCAAGGGAAGCUGCUGGGCCGUGGAGCCUUCGGCGAAGUUUACCUCUGCUAUGACGCAGACACGGGCCGAGAGCUUGCUGUUAAACAGGUGCCCUUUGACCCCGAUUGUCAGGAGACCAGCAAGGAAGUGAAUGCACUUGAAUGCGAGAUCCAGCUCCUGAAGAAUCUCCGUCACGAGCGCAUCGUCCAGUACUACGGCUGCCUGCGUGACCCCGACCAGAGGAAGCUGUCCAUCUUUGUGGAGUUCAUGCCAGGGGGCUCAAUAAAAGACCAGUUAAAGGCAUACGGUGCUCUGACCGAGAAGGUGACGCGCAGAUACACCAGACAGAUCCUGCAGGGAGUCUUCUACCUCCACAGCAACAUGAUCGUCCACAGAGAUAUAAAAGGUGCUAACAUCCUGAGGGACUCCUCUGGAAACGUGAAGCUGGGAGAUUUUGGUGCCAGCAAACGCAUUCAGACCAUCUGCAUGUCAGGCACCGGCAUUAAAUCGGUCACUGGCACCCCCUAUUGGAUGAGUCCGGAAGUGAUCAACGGAGAGGGUUACGGGCGCAAAGCUGACGUCUGGAGUGUAGCCUGCACGGUGGUGGAGAUGCUCACACAGAAGCCUCCGUGGGCCGAAUACGAAGCAAUGGCAGCCAUCUUUAAAAUCGCAACUCAGCCCACAAAGCCCAGCCUGCCUGAAAGCGUAUCGGACGCGUGCCGAGAUUUCCUACGUCAGGUGUUUGUGGAGGAGAAAUGGCGUCCCACCGCAGAGGUGCUGCUCAGCCACCCGUUCGUCCAGGGCGGCUUCUGAUUGGCUUCGGAGCCUGAAAUGCCCGGAAACGCCCCCCUGAGCCAGUCUGCCCUGCCCACUAACGAUCACCACUCAUCAUUGGUCUGGGGGAAACUGGUGCCUGUUCCAGCACACUCAGAACAAAGCAGACUCUUCAGCAAGGGUUGUGUGUCUCAGGCACUCCCCCUGCACACACACACACACACACACACACACACACACCCGCUAAGCAGCAUUACACAUUUAGGUUGAGGCUGUAGAGUCCUGCGGUCUACAGAUUUAUCUGUAUUCUUCUCACUCACACUCUCUCUCUCUCUCACACACACACACACACAGCAGGCAUAGCAUUAAGAAGCUGUUGUUUACAAUGACAUUCAAACAUAUAACUAGUGGCAUGUCUAAUUGGCUUUGCAAAAACAAUACAAUACACAAAGGAAUGUUUAUUGCUUGGAUUAGUUUUGAUUUUUUUGGUUUUUAAGUCCAAGUUCAUUCAGUUUCAAUCACCAUGUAUGAAAGAGCCAAAAUGUUCCAAGCUCAAAUCCCAGAGAGCUACAGUACAGAGCCACAACUGGGGGCCUUAAACUAGAACCUCAUGCUAAACCUCAGCUAACUGCUAAAGAAACACCUUUGCAUUUGUAACAUAAUCUCUAUCUGUUAGUAGUAACAGAACUUAAACCCUAUUCAGAUUCGAUUAUAUUACAUGUGGAUAAUAUAAUACCCUGUACCCGGGUACGUCUGGGAUUUUACUCCUGUCUGGAUCCAUCAUGUUAGUACAGUACAUUUUUACUGACUCUGCCUGAAUGCGUCUGUAAGAUUACACUCUAUUUGACCUUCUAUAAAUAACCCCAGGUAAUAGUUCCAUCUGAAUUGAUAUAUUUGUCCAUUACAUCAUGUGGGAAAAGAAGUUUCCAGAAAACACUCAUUAUUUUCUCUCGUCUGUCUAAUAGAGGAACGAGGCCAGUAAAAUAUAGACAGAGUAUAAAUAUAGGGUUUGAGGUAAUUUAUCAGAGAUGCAGCCUACAUACGUGGUCAUGUGACCUACUAAUAACCACACUGCAUUACUCGUGGCCACGCCCCCUUACGACAAGCGCUUAUAACAAGUCACAGCUAUCAGUUUGUAUUAAAUUGACGCGCAUGUCGCGCAUGGAUUUUUUUAACGUGACAAAACUUCCGACACGUAUCUCUGAAAACCUGUUUAUUCCAAACGUAUUUCUGGAAAUCAACUUUAGGUUUCCGUCAAUAUAUGUUUCGGUUUCCUGUACAGUCAGCUCCAUAAAUAUUGGCACCUCUCACCGCUUGAUGUAAAUGUAUUCUAAGAAGAUAAAAACCCUUAAAAUUCUGAACAUUGUGAAUCCCUAAAUAUUAGACAUUUAGACCUUAACUUAGUAAUGCAGUUGUUGGAAGUGUUUCUCAUGACGCUUUAUUGUUACUGACUAAACCGUCUUUAGACGUCUGUAGCAAGUGAACUCUGAGUAAACAAACAGUGGCUCUUUAUUUUCACAGUGCUUCUAAAAAUAACUCAGUAUUUCUUCAAACACACGGUGCAAGAAUUAUAGAUAAAGAUGUCGCGUUUGCAGACGUCAAAACACACGAAUAAGCGUUCGUAUUAGUCUUUCAGCCAUAAUGUAUCGCUGGGUAGAAAAGCAACAGAAUCAAUGUUUACUUCCUUUAAUAUCCUAUAAAAUCAACUUCCUGCCCCAGAUUUGUCCAUGAUGAAUUAAGUGCCGUUGAUCAGAGUCCACACCGACGGCCUGGAGCUAAUCCGUACUUUGUGAGUAAUUAGAUACUUUGUGAGUAAUUUCUCUUACGCUCACUGUGUGAUGGUUAGAAUCUACCCAAGGGGAAUAAAUGACAAGUUGCACUUGUACAACCACCAGCGUGGUAAAUCCAGAGGAGCAGAUGUGCGUUUAUUCCACCCCAGAGUCUGCAUUGUGCUUUCAGAUGAGAAUCAUAAUGGAUUUUUCUUCUUAGCUUUUUUUACAUGGCACAAGGUUCACAAGUCAUUUUGUUAGCCGGUGUUCAGAGGCACUCGUGUUUCACUCGUGGUUGUGCGUUUGGACAUGUGUGUGUGACUGUAUAAUUCUGACAUGCAGGAUAAUCAGCCGAUAUUUAAAGAAACUUAUUUUUAUAAAUACGUCUCUGCUUUUUUUAUCCUGGUGUUUGUAUUAUUUUUUAAAAACUAGCGCUCACUAAGCGCAUCUAAGCAAUAGGACCCUAUAGAACACUAUAGCGUGACUGUGAUGAUCGACAGGCCUCUGAGGUUCAGUCACAGAUUCAGACCUGAGUGUAUUCUUCAGUAAAUCAUCAGAAACAACCAAAGAGCAUACAGUAUGCAGCUAUAUCUGGAGGUUAGGUUCAUGUUGUUGUUGUUGUCGUUGUUGUUUUUUUAACAACUAUUACAAGUUAUAAUAAGAGUUAAAAGUUUGACUUUUAACAAGUCAGAAAUAUUUUCAUGUGCAGUGCUGCAGGAUGUAAGCUGUUUUUCAAAAUAGGACCAAAUUAUAUCUUUGUCAUUAUACAUGAAGUCUGUCCAAGUCCAAUUUCUGUAAAAGCUGAAAAAUAUUUGCUUUAUACUUGAUUUUCAAAAUCUGUUGUGAAGUGCUUGGACCCCUAAAUCGCUGCUCAAAGGCUUUUCAUUUAUGAUGGUAACCUAUUAGAAAACAAACAAAAAAUUGUACUAAUGACUUGGAAACUGAUCAUAUCAUGAUUAUUGGAGAGUGGUAUUAUGAGGAAAUGUGGUCAAAAAGCGUUGAAAAUUCCAUCAUCAGUGUUUUGUGGGAUUCAGUAAGAUGUGUGGCUGCAGUACUUUGUCUUUUUUCUACAUAGAAACACAAACGUCCUCCAGUUUAUUGCUCACCGUGACCUGUGCCUUGACCAUAGGAGCUACUCCUCUUUCUUUUUGUAUGGACCACAGUCGUUUUAACGGUGCGUCACGUGACCUUGUUAAAGACCUCGAUUGACUCAUGCUGUAUUUUAGACAUACAGAUUUGCUAAGGUGAUAAAGGUUGUAUUGUAAGUACAGAGCUUACAGGAAGUCGGACACCUUUAAAAAUUGUUUUAACGUUUGUCGUUGUUCAAGGUGCUGCCUGUGAGGUCAAUUAGAAUAGGAAUGAAAACGUUGGCAAGACUUCGCUUCAUCAACACAGCAGCCCCGAACCUUGCUCUGAAACUAUUAUAGCUUAUGCUGUAGUUCCUAGCUUAUAAUAUGGCGGAUCUAAUGUUAUGCUUUUUUUUUUGUUUGUUUUGUUUUGUUUUGUUUUUGUGCUGGGGCGGGGCUAAGCCAGAAUGUCACAGAUUUUCUCUAAAUUCUCUUUAGAAAAUGAUUUGCCUGAUUGUUUCAGUGUAGAUUCACUUAAAAAAAAUAAACGACCUUUCAUUAUUUUUGAACUUUUUGUUAAUAAUUAAUGCUGUACCAGGACAUUAACGAAACACCUGAUUCACUCCUAAGACACGUGUUACAGCAUCACCGGUGCACACGUCCGUGCCUUAUACACGUUAGGGAAAAGCCAGAAGGAAGGAAAUCUCUGCAUUUGAGGUUUGUUUUAGAAAACAGUGUUAACAUUCUGCCACUUAAACCGUUCGAACGAGCGCCAGAUGUGGAAGUCUGAAAGGAUGCGUCUCAAAGGGUGUCUGCGUUUUCUGUGAGCACUGUACAGAUUGUACUGCACUUUUUACAAGAUGUUUUAUUAUAUUCCAAAUACUUUAUUCACAAUAUUACCUAAAUUUGUAGAGCUGGAUUUUUCUUUUGUGAGUAAAUGAUGAAAUGACCUCCGAGGUUUUUGAAGGAGGCUAGGAAUGAAAAAUUCUUUAUUGCCUUUAUGAUAAAACCACAACACAUUUAUUCUGAAAGUGAUUUUGUACAUUGUAAUAAAUAAAGGAAAGGUUUAAAAAUAAAA